GGAAGAAAAGAUGUUUUCUGUCGUGACCCGCCAACCGUGUGAGCAAGCAGGCCUCAAGGCUCUCUCCCGAACUCCAGUCAUCGUCACCUUGGUGGUCCUGCUUGUGAGCAUUGUGGUGCUUGUGGCUAUCACACUCAUCCAGAUCCGCCACCCAGAGAUCCUCCCUCCAGGACUAAAGUAUGGAAUUGUGCUGGAUGCCGGAUCUUCUAGAACCACUGUCUACGUGUAUCAGUGGCCCGCAGAGAAGGAGAAUAAUACUGGAGUGGUCAGUCAAACCUUCAAAUGUAGUGUGAAAGGUUCUGGUAUCUCCAGCUAUGGGAAUAAUCCUCAAGACGCUCCCAAAGCCUUUGAGGAUUGCAUGCUAAAAGUCAAGGGGCAGGUCCCAGAGCACCUCCACGGAUCCACCCGAAUUUACCUAGGAGCCACGGCUGGGAUGCGCUUGCUGAGGUUGCAAAAUGAAACAGCAGCUAAUGAAGUCCUUGCAAGCAUCCAAAGCUACUUCAAGUCCCAGCCUUUUGAUUUUAGGGGUGCUCAAAUCAUUUCUGGGCAAGAGGAAGGGGUAUAUGGAUGGAUUACAGCCAACUAUAUAAUGGGAAAUUUCCUGGAGAAGAACUUGUGGCACAUGUGGGUGCAUCCACAUGGAGUGGAAACCACAGGCGCCCUGGAUUUGGGCGGUGCCUCCACCCAGAUAUCCUUCGUGGCAGAAGAGAAGAUGGGGCUGAACAUCAGUGACAUCGUGCAGGUGUCCCUGUAUGGCUACACAUACACACUGUACACACACAGCUUCCAGUGCUACGGCCGGAAUGAAGCUGAGAAGAGGUUUCUGGCGAUGCUCCUGCAGAAUUCUCCCACUGAAACCAAUCUCACCAACCCCUGCUACCCUCGGAAUUAUAGCACCACCUUCACUGUGGACCACGUAUUUGACAGCCUGUGCACUGAGAAGCAGAGGCCAACAAGUUACGACCCCAGUAGCCUCAUCACUUUUGAAGGAACUGGGAACCCAUCACUGUGUAGGGAGAAGGUGGCUUCCAUAUUUGACUUCAAAGCUUGCCAUGAUCAAGAAGGCUGUUCCUUUGAUGGGACUUACCAGCCAAAGGUUCAAGGGCCAUUUGUGGCAUUUGCAGGAUUCUACUAUACAGCCAGUGCUUUAAAUCUUUCUGGGAGUUUUUCCCUGGACUCCUUCAACUCAAGUACAUGGAAUUUCUGCUCCCAGGAUUGGAGUGAGCUCCCAUUCCUGCUCCCCAAAUUUGAUGAGGUGUAUGCCCGCUCCUACUGCUUCUCAGCCCACUACAUCUACCACUUGCUUAUAAAUGGAUACAAAUUCACAGAGGAGACUUGGCCCCAAAUACGUUUUGAAAAAGAAGUCGGGAACAGCAGCAUCGGCUGGUCCCUAGGUUACAUGCUCAGCCUGACCAACCAGAUCCCAGCAGGGAGCCCCCUGAUCCGCCUGCCCAUACAGCCGACUGUCUUUGUGGGCAUUCUUGCCUUCUUCACAGCCACAGCCCUGCUGUGCCUCGCAUUUCUUUUGUACCUAUGUUCAAUGUCCAGGACAAAGAGGCGCUCUGAGCGUGUCUUUGACCAUGCAGUGGAUUCUGAGUGAGCCUUCAAAGCAGUUCCUGGAGCCCCAGGGUUCCCUAGAACCAGCCUGGGGAGCACCAUGCAGUGCAAGUGAAGUGGCCACCUUCAGGAAAUACUACUAAAGUCAAACACCUAGGUCACCUGCUGCUUGGAUACCGACUUCUGCCAAAAUGCCUCUUGGGGAAUCCCUCAACAAUUCUGUGCAAAUUGCUCCUCCAGGCACCCUUCUAUCCAUUUGUUGAUCUAUUGGGAAACAGAGGAGAGACAGGCCAUCCCCCAGAGGAAGAGGAGUUUGAGAAUAUAACAGUUUUAUAUGGAAGAAUUGACCUCAGGGCUCAGUUUCCAUUUUCCCUCCUUCAGUGUUCCUUGUGGCAAGACACCUAUUAAGCAUUUAAUCCACUCAUAUAUCUUACCUUGUGACUUUCUCCCAUUGACCCUUAACCAAGACUUUCUUUUAGCAACCUCAUAAGCAUUGAAAUCCUUCAUAUUGGUAGAAUAUAGU